AUGGAUGCAUGGUUGUUCUUCCAUGAUGGGAACAAUUUGAACAAGAUGAAGGUAGAGAAUGCAGCUGUUGAGGUGGCCAGGAAGAGGCUGCUGCAUUGCCUGGAGCAGACAACGGGGAUGGAUGGAGAAGAAGGGGCAGAUGCAGGAGCGGCCCUGCCUAGUGCAAACUCUAGACUCGUGCCUGUCAAUACAGACCCGCUGGUUGCUGCACUCACCUAUCGAGUUGGUUGCAUAUUGCAGUGGAUCCGGGUCUACGGCUCAGAUUCCAUCUCGGAGAAACAGUGCUUUAUAAACGGCCCUCAGAGCAAGGUCAGGCCCAUGCGCCAUCCGCUUCGGGACCUUCCUAGCCUUCUGGUCAGGUUCGGCGCCAUCCCGAAGCCUCUAGAGGGAAGCAGCAUUGCUUUGGAGUGGGAGGAGUGGCCUGCAGGCGAGGAAGCUGCUGUGAAGUUUCCUGUGAACCGCAAGGAGAGGUGUUUUGGGCUUGGGAUAGUGGAGGAGCGUGGUGAAGCAGCUGAGAAGCUGAUUGGGCAUCCUUGUCAGGACACAUCUGAAGCAGGAGGGGACAGCAGGCGUGCAAAGGAGAAAGGAUCCAAUGCAGAAGGCCAAGGAGAUGUGGACUUCCUGGUGGGGUUUGCUGGGUAUGUCAUGCACCCUCCUGCAUGCACCCAGUGCAGCACCUGCUCCGCGGAAUUCGUGCAACAGGUGUGCAUAGCUGCUCUCAUCGCCAACUUCGCCUACCGCCCCGUCAGCCAUCUGUUCUCCCGCGUGCUCUCUGUCUUCCCUCCCUCCUCCCCUGGCUUCGACAAGCUGGUUGAAUGCCUGGAGCUCCCCGCACGCCUGCCCAGGCCGUUGAACCUGCAGAUGCUGCUGAGACGAGCGGAGCAGGUGCCUCUGUACUUCCUCAUUCACAUGGCCGUGUAUUGCGCUCGCCCUCUUCUGAAUCUUGAUUGUUCUGAGGGAGGGUACAGUGAGAAAGGGCAGGGAGUGGAUGUGAAGGUGCAAGGCUGCUGGGAUGGUGAGAUGGAUCAGGCGAACGGUGGAGAGGUGUGGGAAGAGGUGGAAAUAUGGUACUUUGCAACAAUGAAGACAUGGAUGUCGAAGCUGAGGGUUCAGGGAGGGAGUGAGGAGUGCAGCGGCAGCAGAGAGCGGGGGAGGCCUACAGGGGGUUUCGACAUCACGUGGGCUCUUGCAGCGGCGAUCAUCCCGAGAUACUGUGAGGGGUUGCAGGGGCAGCGAAGGUCUGCCAUGGGGAGCAGCAACAAAGGCAGCAGUAGCAACGGCGGCUGUGAGAACAAGGGCAAGAAGGGGGAGGAGCCGGCUUACCUGAGGCCGUGGCCGGGGGGAGUGAAUCUGGUGGCAUGUCUGCGAGAGAUGCUGCUGGGGGAGCCGUGCUACCGCCCUGCCUCCCCUGCUGCCCCUUCCGUCCAUGCUACUGCUUCCACCCAUCCUGCUGCUUCCACCCAUCCUGCUGCUUCCACCCAUCCUGCAGAUAGCAUCCGUGCUGCAUCUGCUGCUACCACUGCUGCUGCUUCAGAGCAUCGUCUGAACGUCGCCGUGAACAAUUGGUGUGGGAUGUGA